AUGGCUAUUGCAGCUCCAGGGCAAUUGAACGUUAAUGAAUCACCCACUAGUGGAUCCAGAAGUGUUGAUUGCUUCGAGAAAUUGGAGCAAAUUGGCGAGGGCACAUAUGGUCAGGUUUAUAUGGCUAAAGAGAUCAAAACAGGUGAAAUUGUUGCUCUGAAGAAAAUACGUAUGGACAAUGAGAGAGAGGGGUUUCCUAUAACUGCUAUACGAGAAAUCAAAAUUCUAAAAAAACUACAUCAUGAAAAUGUGAUAAAGCUGAAAGAAAUUGUGACUUCUCAAGGUCCUGAGAAAGAUGAACAGGGGAGGCCAGAUGGUAACAAAUAUAAAGGUGGCAUCUAUAUGGUCUUUGAAUAUAUGGACCAUGAUUUAACAGGUCUUGCUGACCGACCUGGGAUGAGAUUUACAGUUCCUCAAAUUAAGUGUUACAUGAGACAGCUUCUGACAGGGCUUCACUAUUGUCAUGUAAAUCAAGUACUUCAUCGUGAUAUCAAAGGCUCAAAUCUUCUUAUAGACAAUGAAGGAAAUCUUAAGCUUGCAGAUUUUGGACUGGCACGAUCAUUUUCUAAUGAUCAAAAUGCUAAUCUUACAAAUCGUGUCAUUACAUUAUGGUACAGACCACCGGAGUUGCUGCUAGGGACAACAAAGUAUGGGCCAGCUGUAGAUAUGUGGUCAGUUGGGUGCAUUUUUGCUGAGCUUCUUCAGGGGAAGCCUAUCUUUCCUGGAAAAGAUGAGCCAGAACAAUUAAAUAAAAUAUAUGAGCUGUGUGGAGCACCAACUGAAAUCAAUUGGCCUGGGGUUUCUAAGAUACCUUACUAUAAUAAAUUUAUGCCAACAAGGCCAAUGAAAAGACGAUUGCGGGAAGUUUUCCGGCAUUUUGAUCAUCAUGCUCUGGAGUUGUUGGAGAAGAUGUUGACACUUGAUCCAGCUCAGAGAAUUACUGCGAAAGAUGCCCUUGAUGCUGAGUAUUUCUGGACAGAUCCAUUACCAUGCGACCCGAAGAGUCUACCCAAAUACGAGUCAUCACAUGAGUUUCAGACAAAGAAAAAGCGUCAAAAACAACGGGAAAAUGAAGAAAUGGCUAAGCGUCAGAAAAUGCAGCAUCCACAGCAGCACACUCGUCUCCCCCCCAUUCAGCAGCCUGGACAACAUGCCCAAAUGCGGUCUGGACCAAACCAACCAAUUCAUGGUUCUCAACCCCAAGUUGCUGCAGGACCUACUCAUCAUUAUGGGAAGCCUCGAGGUCCAUCUGGUGGGCCAGGAAGAUAUCCUCCCAAUGGGAACCCAGGUGGAGGAUACAAUCACCCAAAUCGAGGAGGUCAAGGUGGUGGGGGUUAUGGCACUGGACCUUAUCCUCCUCAAGGGCGGGGUGCACCUUAUGGGUCUAAUAGCAUGCCUGGUGCCGGUCCUCGUGGCGGUGGUGGUGGCAGUGGCUAUGGAGUUGGAGCUCCGAAUUAUCCCCAACAAGGUGGUCCAUAUGGAGGUUCAGGGGCUGGUCGAGCCUCAAACAUGAUGGGUGGAAACCGAAAUCAACAACAAUAUGGUUGGCAGCAGUAA